AUGAAGGCCUGCCUGGUGCCCUGGCUGGCCCUGUGCCUCCUGCUGGGACCUCUGGCCGGGGCCAAGCCGGUGCAGGAGGAAGGAGACCCCUACGCGGAGCUGCCGGCCGUGCCCUACUGGCCUUUCUCCACGUCCGACUUCUGGAACUACGUGCAGCAGCUGCAGGCCCUGGGGGCCUACCCCCAGCUGGAGGACAUGGCCCGCACCUUCUUCGCCCACGUCCCCCUGGGAACCACCCUGGGCUUCCACGUCCCCUACUGGGAGGAGUGA